AGCAACAGGCAGACAGGAUAUUGACGCAGAGCAACAGGACCGACUGGACAUUGACGCAGAGCAAACAGGACCGCUGGACAUUGACGUAGAGCAACAAGGCAGACAUGAUAUUGACGCAGAGCAACAGGACCGACUGGACAUUGACGCAGAGCAACAGGACCGACUGGACAUUGACGCAGAGCAACAGGACCGACUGGACAUUGACGCAGAGCAACAGGACCGACUGGACAUUGACGCAGAGCAACAGGACCGACUGGACAUUGACGCAGAGCAACAGGACCGCCUGGACAUUGACGCAGAGCAACAAGGCAGACAGGAUAUUGACGCAGAGCAACAGGACCGACUGGACAUUGACGCAGAGCAACAGGACCGACUGGACAUUGACGCAGAGCAACAGGACCGACUGGACAUUGACGCAGAGCAACAGGACCGACUGGACAUUGACGCAGAGCAACAGCAGCACAGGACCGAUCCACUGGACAUUGACGCAGAGCAACAGGACCGACUGGACAUUGACGCAGAGCAACAGGACCGACUGGACAUUGACGCAGAGCAACAGGACCGACUGGACAUUGACGCAGAGCAACAGGACCGACUGGACAUUGACGCAGAGCAACAAGGCAGACCACACCCAGCUACCGACACAUAA